AUGACGUGUGCUGCCGAGCCCCGCACAUCCGCGGCGGCUUCCCGUGCGUGCCGCCUGCCCCUCCCGCCGAGCCUGCCGUGCUCAGGGGCGCACAAAGAGGUCCCGAGCAGCUCGGCUGCUGGCGCGGAGGAAGCGGCUGCCGACCCUGCCCCGGCCCGCGGUUCGCUCGGCCCGCGGACCGUGGGCAUGGCUGCCGGGGACCGGCACGCCGCCAGCCCCACAGACGAGGAGUGGCCAGAAGCAGAGAAGGCUGAGAAGCUGGCGAGAGGAGCUGCUCUGAAAUGGGCUUCAGGGGUUUUCUAUCGCCCCGAGAAACUACAGGGGCUGGGGCAGUACCGGAGCCGGGAGACACAGAGGAACAGCUCCAUCCAGUCCCGGCUGAAGUCGACUGUACAGUCCUACCUGGAGGGAGUGAGCACAGGGCUGGAGCAGCUGCGGUCAGCGGCCCAGGAGGUGCAGGACGUGUGCCAGGAGCUGGGGGCUGCCCGGUGGGCCCUGCUGGACAGUGCAGAGCAGUGCCAGGGCCUGCGGCAGAUGCGGGCACUGAUGGUGGAGCAUGUGCAGCUGGCAUCCGUGAUGCAGGUGCUGCCCCAGCUCUUCUCAGUCCACGAGGCCUUUUCCCACACCCUGCAGCUGCUCCAUGGGCAGCAUCUUCUGGAGGCCCACGCAGAGCUGAUGGUGAUGGAGCACCUCCGGGAUGACAUCUUAUCCCAGCUGCACCUCCGUGGGCUUUCCGGCACCCAGGCACCUGUGCUGUCCUACUUCAGUGGCCUGCAGGAGCUCAACGAGAGCCUGGCCAAGCAGCUGUGGGGCAUCGUGGGCAGCAGCCUGCGGCUGGUGCGUGAGGACCCAUCCCUCUUCGUCACCGCCGUGAGGAUCAUCGAGCGGGAGGAGAAGAUCGAUGACACUCUGCUCCUGGAGGCCACCUUCCUGCCCCCCGGCCGCCCCAAGGGCUGGAGGCAGAAGUUCUGUCACGUGCUGCAGGAGAGCCUGGCUGGAGCUCGGCUACGUGCCGCCCAUGCAGGCACCGCAGGGCCGGGGCUGGCCAGGCACCUGGCGGCGCUGAGGGAGGACAUCGUGUCCGAGCUGCGGGUGGUGAAGGACCUCAUGGUCCAGUGUGUCCCAGCUCACUACAACAUCCUGGGCCUCUGCACUGCCGCCUACCACCAGGCCCUCUCCAGCCACCUCCAGGACCUCCUCCGAGAGGACCUGGACAAGCAGGGGCUCUUUCUGCUGCUGGAGUGGGCGCUGCGCGUGUACCACAGCUCAGAGAUGAUGGCACACCCUGACCUUCUCCCAGAAGUGGACGUUUCUGCUCUGGGCCCCUUGAUGUCUCCUGAGCUGGUGGAACAGACAGAGAGGAAAUAUGUAGUGAAAGUCAAGGCUAGUGUGCUCGAGUGGAUGCAGAGAACCUUGGAGGUGGAAUUCAAGGAGUGGUUCAGGGAAGAGGAACCUGAGACAGAUCAUCAGGGCUUCUUCCAGUCAGCUCUGCCUGUCAUUGUCAUGCAGAUGCUGAAUGAAAAUAUCCAGGUAGCCUCCUUGAUCACAGAUUCUCUGCAGCAGAAGGUCUACAACAUGGCCUUGGAGCAGCUGGAGGCAUUUCUGGGUCGGCUGCGGGACGCCCUGGUGCAGUGUGGGAAGGAGCACCAGAGGGAUCGCAGCGUGCCCAGGUUCUAUGUCUCCUACCUGCUGGCCAUGCUCAACAACAGCCUGGCCCUCAGCUCCUCUGUCUCCUCCCUGCACCCCGAUGCUGCCCGCAGAGAGGUGCCUGCGUCCCUGCAGGCUGCUCUGGACAGGACACAGAAGAAGGCCUGCCAGCUGCUGCUGGAGGAGCUGCUCCUAGACCUGCAGCCCCUCUGCCUGCAGCUGCCCUCCCACAGGUGGCUGUCAGGGUCUACGCUGGUCAGCAGCAUGUGUGAGGUGGUGGAAAGGUACAGCAAGGACUUCUGCCGCGUCAGGAGGCCCAUAUCAACGCUACUCCUGGCAGAGAGCGAGCUGGUAGUGACCAGCCAGUACCUGCGGGCUCUGCUGCAGCAGAAGAUGGUGUGCAGGAGCCAGGAGGAGCGGGCACAGCUGUGCCACCGCCUGCUGCAGGAUGCCACACAGCUGCGUGACCUCUUCUGUGGCCUGGGUCUGGAGCAGAGCCAGCAGAGCCUGGAGGCCAUCUUUGCCCUGCGGGAGCUGAUCUGCCUCAAAGACCCAGCCCUGCUCAGCCUGGAGGUGCUGGGCUUCAUUACCAAGUAUCCUGAUGUCAGUGAUGAGCACAUCUCCAUCCUGCUGGAUCUCCGUGGCGAUGUCUCCAAGGAGCUGCGGCACAUGGUGCUGGAGAUGAUGGCUCAGCACCCCCAGGUCCCACCCGACAGCUACCAGCCCAUCUUCAGCACCAUCCUGGUGCCAGCGCCAGAGCUGCCUCUCUGCCUCCGCAAGGCCAAGUGUGCCUGA